AAGUUUUACAUCAAUAACAAUCUGAAUUGGAAAUCCCUUCCAGUGAAGACAGCUUUCUUCAGUAAAAGCUGCUUGGAAAAAAAUAUCCGUUGAUUCUGAAGUGUCAAUGAAGUUUUGGAUGUGUUUGAGUGUGGUAACUCUCAGAUGAUUUCGUGAUGCACUGACACUUUCAUAAAUUGUAUACAUUUUCUUCAAGGAAGGAAGCGGAGGGUACCCCAGUUUUACCGGCGGCAGUGGCGAAUUUAUUAAUAAUGUGGUGCUCUCUGAAGUGAUAGUCGCUUAUCUGGAAAUAUAAACAUUUAGAAAGACAACAUAAAUCACAGACCGUUUAAAGACAGAUUUUUCUUUCGAUCUCUAACUUGAAAUAUCCCUGUUAUGCAUGAGUGGCUUCGUACAUGCUGGUGAUCAUACCUUUGGUCUCUCUGGAUUUGCAUAUGGAUAUUAACUUAUGAUACAUAAAUUUUUAUGAUAUUAAUUUAUUGAAAUUACAGAAAUAAUUGAUAUUUUUGCGAUCUGUUGUCACCUAAAAUUAAACCUGGCGGUGGGAGGACCAAGCAGUAUGGUGCAGUGCGCCGCGUGUGACCGACCAAUUCUGGACCGAUUCCUGCUAAAUGUCUUGGACAGAGCAUGGCAUGCAAAGUGUGUACAAUGUUCCGACUGUAAAAUACCACUCACGGACAAAUGUUUCUCAAGGGAUGGGAAACUAUACUGCCGAAAUGACUUCUUUAGGAGGUUUGGAACCAAAUGUGCAGGGUGUACCUUAGGCAUCUCCCCUAAUGAUUUGGUCAGGCGAGCGAGGAACAAGGUUUUCCAUCUGAAAUGUUUCACGUGUAUAAUUUGUCGGAAACAGCUUUCUACAGGAGAGGAACUUUACGUUAUGGAUGAAAAUAGAUUUAUUUGUAAAGAAGACUAUAUUUCAAGUAAACUCCAAGGUUCUUCAGACAUUGAAGACGAGGGUGACUUGGAUGUCGCUUUGGAACACCAGACGUCGCUAUCAGACAAAGAUUUCAGCAUAGACGGCGAUAAUAAUACCGACAUAGACUCCAAGGAGAAUAUCCUUAGUGGCGUUCCAAACAAUAACAAUAUAAACAAUAAUAACAACAAUUUAAACAAAAGUAGCUCUUUGAAUUCCCUUCCCUCGAGUCCUGAUCCUCUGAAAGACGAUACAGCGCUGUUAAAAAUAUCCUCGGAUUCUAAUCAUAGUACCCAAAGCUGUGAUACUAACGGAAAUUCUAUUCAGACCAAUAACACUCUGACCCCGGACGGAGACCGUUCCGGAGAGGAAAUGAAUGACAAUACCAAUGGUAGUUCCAGUGCGGGGGCCAAAAGAAGAGGCCCCAGAACUACCAUCAAGGCAAAACAAUUGGAAACCCUGAAGGCUGCUUUUGCUGCAACUCCCAAACCAACACGGCAUAUACGUGAACAACUAGCGCAAGAAACAGGACUGAACAUGAGGGUGAUACAGGUAUGGUUCCAAAAUAGAAGAUCAAAAGAGCGACGAAUGAAGCAACUCAGUGCCCUAGGUGCUAGACGUCAUUUUUUCCGAAAUCCCAGACGCAUGCGCGCACUCCGAGCUGGAAUGUCGCCCAAUGACCUUGACGAUGGGGACAUGAUGGCGGGUCCAGGCUUUGGAUAUUUUUCUGAAAAUGGACAAGAUUUUUAUCCGGGUUACCAAGGAUAUAAUGACUUUUUCCCGGGUCAGGGGGAUGGGGGUCCCCCGCCUAUGAAUUUCCUCCCCCCUACAUCUCAAGGAACACCUCCAUUGGCUAUGGACCAGCCUCUUCACCAUAGCAAUAACAUGGGCCCUGAACCACAGUUCCUCUCGGGGGACAUGUUACACCCUUCGUCUUCCCCCGAACCAAUUCCAAUGCACUCACACGACGGGCCCUUCCGACAUGGCGGACCUCCAAGUUCCCUCGCAGGAAAUUUCUCGUCCCUUUCACACUCGGAAAUGGCGGGAGAAGCGUGGUGACCUUUGACUCUGACGUUUGUCCAUUCCAGACACAUGUUUUUCAAUUAUAACUAAUGAAUAUUAUGUAUAGGUGUAUGCAUGCAAUGGAGUGUAUUUAUUUAUGGAAUGAAAAUGAAUUAUGGGCACGAUUUUGCCCAUCUUAUAUAUGUGUUUCAUGUGUGAAUGUUUAAUCAUGUCGCCAUUGUUGUAUUAAAGUUACAUGUACUGACAUUUUCAAAAAUCGACGAUUUCAGAUUUUCACAUUUAACAGUCGGUGGUCGAUGGAAUUUUAACUUAUUAUUUAUGAUCACCACAUCCUGUGGCAAAUGCUGAAACCCCUAACUUUUGUUCCUUUUAUAUUAGUUUUUGUCUGAUGAAUUUUAUUUCGAAUGGAUGUGUAGGUGAUUUUACCUCUUCGUUUUCAGUCCCAAUUUUCUCCAUGUUGUAAGCUUGUUCAUGUAAAACGAGAUCUCAAAAUAUAGCUCCAAUGUCAUGCCCAUUAAAAUUACGAAAAUACGUUACAAAUUGUAAUCAUCGAUUUAUGAUGAUUAAUAAAUGUCUCAAAUCUUG